GAAAUAAUGAUUGCAACGGAACUGCAAUCUGCUAUAAAGAUGGUUGUACCUGUUCCCCAGGUUUUAUGGGCCCCGAUUGUUUCGAACCUUGUAAAAGAAAUACAUACGGUUAUGACUGCAAAAAACCGUGCGGUGCAUGUAUGCUGACAGAGAGAGAACAAUCAACAUCUUUAUGUAACACAAUAACUGGAAUAUGUAGUUACGGAUGCAAAAAUAAUCCAGAAAAGCUUUACAUAUCACCUUUGUGUCAAGAAGUUAUAGACAAGCCACGCGAACCUACAAUUAGAUUCAUAAAUACUACAAAUAUCGAAAUCGAAGCUCCUAUAACAUGGAAAGAUGAGUACGAAAAAUCAUUGUCUUAUGCUUUCAUUAUUAAGGAAAUAGCUGGUAUUAAUGCUAUUGAACGAAAAUGGAAUCCAAUAUUUCGGAACAUGACAAAAUUGAAGUUAUUUCUUCAAAAUUUAAAACCUGGUACCAUUUAUCAUAUUGCAUACGAAUUACGUCUUUGUAGCCAAUAUGGGUCAUGUAGGGAUAUACAGAGCGAAUGGAAAAUUGUGGAAAUACAUUGCACUCCAUCUGAAGAUUUUGAGCUGAUAAUUGAGAAUCAGAGCUUGUUGAUUCAUGCUCGGCAUUCAAAUUUGCCACAUUCAUGCCCGCCGAAUUGGUAUAAAUUGAUGAUACAACAUGCGGGCACAAACGAGCAUAUAUUAAAAACGUUAAUUACCAAAUUUCCAUAUGAAGUAACUCUUUUACCGUCCUACGCUACAAUUACUAUCACUAUCCUACACGAAGAUAAGAAAAUAUUUACCAAAGAAAUUCGCACAUUCAAAGAAGUGCCAUCGAAAAUAUUGAAUCUUCGAAUCUUAUUUAUAUCUACCACAAGCGUUACUCUGACAUGGAUGGUUCCACAAUUACCAAGUGAAAAAAUAGAAUGGUAUAAUAUAACAUUACAGGUUAAAGAAUACCGUGGCUGUAAAAACUCUAAAUUUACUUUAAACAAUCCAAGCACUACGCAUUUGACAAAUGACACAACAAUUACAAUAGAGAAAUUACAUCCAUAUGCAUCGUAUAGCGCACAAGUUGUAGCUUACAAUUCUCAAUAUGGCAGCGCACCCGUAGAAACAAUCUUUGCGACGGAACAGUCUGAUACAGCAACAGAAGUAUUCAGUCACGUCAACGUGCAGGAUUGGAAUAUGACAUGGGAACCGCCUGAAGAUUGUAGGACGAUUACAGGAUCAUUAUAUGCUAGAAUAUAUGUACGCGGAGUUAGUGACGCUCAUAAAGACUUUUACAUAAUGAAACAAACAGCUCAUAACCGUUUAUCCUUAAAAGAAAUCAAAUUAUACAAUGCUGAGAUAUAUGUAGCAACAUUAUACGUAGUACGACAUCCGAAAGGUUUGGAGAAUCCUUCUGCUAAUCAAGAAUAUGUGUUCGAAACUCCUCCUGGAGCUCCACCCAGAGUAAUCAAUUUGGAGAUCUACGAAAUUGAUAAUUCUCCAAAUCAUAGUAUUGUGUAUUUGAGGUGGCAACGUCCGCUUCCACCGCACAAUGGGAUAUUACGUAUUUAUCAAGUCCGAUCAUGCGGCGUAACUAAGUGCGCUUCUACUGAGGUUCAAUUAAAUGCAAUGUGUGACUUGUGGGACAAUUAUAUUUGCGGAUCUAUAGAAACAUAUGACAAUAAUCAGACGAUUGAAGUUGUCGCGUACAAUGUGAAUGUUCCUGAACCAGGCACUUCGUCUAAAGUGUCUAUGACAAACCUUCAUAAUGCAAUUCCAGAUGAGCCUGGUGAGUUCACCGUUACAAUUCAUAAGAAUAGCGUUGUGGAUCUACAUUGGCAUCAUCCUUGGAAAACGGGAAAUUCUUUGGAGUACUUCAAUAUUCGGAUAUAUUCGGUUUCUACAAAUCUUAUGGAAGAAGAUGGAUUUAUGAAAAACCGCGAUUCACUAAACAAUGAAAAGUUUUUAGUGAUAAAUUAUAGCCGCAAUUAUACGAAACAGUUAAAUUUGCUUCCUUCAACACAAUAUCUUGCCUCUAUCCAAGCUGUAACAUAUUCAGACAGAAAAAGCAAAGUAGUAUACAAACUGUUUGAAACGCCUUCUACCUUAACGUUCUCUGGUCAACUAAAAUACAAACUGUACGAGACUCCUCCCAGUAUCUCAGUGCAUAUACCGUCUGUUCUGUAUAAUAUCAAAACCAGCAUGAUAUACAUUAUAGUAAAAGGACCUCAAGACUUCAAACUCUGCGAGGGAUAUUCUAAAGUACCUAAAAAUCUACAAGCGCAAGUAGGCGUAAACGUAAACGACAUCGCUUGGAUAGCCGCUGAGCUCCCGACUAACAAGAUUGCAGGUAAAUCAUUCGUCGUCGGCGACGGUGAAUUUUAUGGCAAUGCGAAAAACUGCCCACUGGAAUUUAACCUACUAUAUGAGAUAACAGUUAUCGUAACAGAGAGUAAUCAAAAAUUACUUAACAAGCCAAUUAUGCUCAAACUAUCAAUUUCCAUCGAUGAGUUGUCAUCAACGCAUUACGAAAAGUGGCUCGUACCUGUGAUAGUAAUUGUCGGAAUAGCCAUAGCUUUUUAUUUCUACCGAAAGUACCGAAGCAGGAAAAAAGAGAGGGUGAUUAGACAGAAAGCGGACACACAUAAUUAUAACAUGCCGAAAAAUGACUAUCGGCUAAUGACCAUGGCUGAAUGCGCAUACGAAGAAAUACGAGAACCGAAUAAAUUAGUGACAUCAAAUGUGGAGUAGUCUCUACUCGUUUAAACAAAUACCUGGUGGCGACUCUACUACUAAUCCAGAAGUGCACUAAUUGCCAUAGAAAUGAUAACAAGAUAAAAUAUUUAUCGUGUUUUAAUUUUUGAUUAUGAAUGCCUUAACUUAAAAUGCUACACAAAUUAAACAUAGUGAACAGAACAAUGUAUAUCGCAAUAAUGAAUUAUCUAUUUUUAAUAAAGUCAAUUAUCUACUUUUAAUAAAGUCAGAUGAUACUAAAGAAAUAAUUAAUAUAAUUAUUUAAUAACACAGCAAUAUUCUCAUUAUAUUUGUUCUAACAGUGACACGUGUCAGAACAAUUUUUGCCUAAAUGUACAAUUUCUUGAAAACAUGAGAUAUGUCGUGUGACAUACACAAUAUUUUGACACAGAAACCGAUAUAGAUAUCGGUAAAACCUACUUCCUCAUAAGACAUAUCUCAAACCGGUGGUAACUGUUAUCGCGGAAUUAAAUUUAAAUAUAGGAAGUUUAAUUCUUUUUUAUGUCGAAAUCACUGCGACAAUCAUAAAUAUUACAAAACAGGAAAGCAACGCACAGUGUCCGCAAAAUUCCCACAAAAUAUCUGUGUUUAUUCCGUUUAGUCAAAUCAUUACGACCAUUACGAUCAUAAGAACAAGUUAUUUAUUUCAAAAGCACCUCUCUCACGAUUCACUCGUAUAAGUGUUUCAUUUAAGUAAAGUUGAUACAUGAUACGUAACAUUGCUUGUUUCGUGUGAAAGUCUCACGCAGAGACUUUGAAGUGAUAAUACGAUAAAACAAACUAAUUUUUUUGUUUACUUUAUUCCGUGUCAGACAAUCGUUAGUUCUGUCAGUGUGACGCAUAUGUUUAAUGACAAUGAUGUAUAUAGUGAUGUUCUUUCUCUUUGCAACUCAAGUAUUUGAUGUUUUCGGAAGUAUAACUAUAAUACGUGAAAUGAGUAACCCAAGUGAAAGAAAACUGACAUGUCUCUCAGAAGACGAUGGGAGUGCUCUUGUUUGGAACGAUGUAAUCACAAAAGAAUCAUUCGUAAGAUCCAACGAAAUGCGUAAGUAUUAAACAAAAAAUAAUAUCUUAAUAAUUUUGGAAGAAUAUAGAGCACAACAUAUACACAAUUCUUUCUAUAGGAAAUUUUUCCUCGCCAUUCUUACAUAAUAAAUGUAAUAAGAUUAUUAACUUACAAUUAGACAAAAAAGCUUGUUUAACGUUCAUUUAGAUCCCGUUAAAUAAUACGAUUGCAAAACAUUUAGAUUUCACGUAUCGCACGCGAUUGUCACGUUAUACAUUCUAGCAUGUAUUAUUUCAGGAUUUUACAACAUGGGUCAAAUUAAACCAGAUAAAAACAAAAUAGAUUGCAAAAUGAAAGAAGGCGAUGAGUGCAUAAAAUCGUGGAUUACAGAAAAAUGGAGCAUUUCAGAUUCCCUUAUAACACCUUUUGGUCCGGUAUUUGAUGAACGAUGGGAAGGUAAAAGUUUCAUUACAUAAAAACGGAUUAUAAUACAUAAAAUGCUUUGAGACAUAGAUUAAAUAUAUCUUUAUGAUGAUAUAGCAUGGUUUCAGAAGGAUGUUCCAAAUUUUCAGAAUUCAAAGAAGAUGGAAUUUUUGACAAUGACAUGUAUCUUGCGCAUCUGAAAAAUACUACAACAUUCUCAAUUUCGAUGCGUAACAAAAUUAAUGCAAUGAUUAUAGCGUUUUGCAACAAGUUUAAUGUUUUUGAACAAAGUUUUUGCUAUAUGAUUGUAAUAGGCGGUGGUAAUAAUACAGUAUCCUUGAUACGAAAGUGCCCACUGCGCCUAUAUAGGAAUUAUGAAAUAAUGGAUGCAGAGUGCAAUAAAAUUAGAGGUUAUUUUAAGGUAAUAUAUAAUACUAAAUUAAUCCUAUAUUAUACUAAAUCAUAUUAAAUUUUUCCUUCACGCAUGCCUAGAGCCAUCUUCUUUUGAACGCAUCUAAUGUAAAAAAAAUUAGAUUUACGAUUCGUAUAUAUCAUUCUUCAAUUCCCAAAAAUUUCCAAUUCUUAACCAUCAUAUUCCUAAAACCUGAAUUUUCGGAAAUCUAACGUUAUCAGAAUCGAUGCGAUAUUGUACUUAAAGAUAAUUGAUAAUUGAUACAGCAUAGUCCAUUAUCUUCAACUGAAUGGCGAACUUUUCUGGUUAUGUGGGACUCUGAAACUCGAAAUAUAUCUGUUUAUGAUGCUGACAAUAAUCUUUUUUUUUUGAAAUACCAAGAUGAAGAAAAAAUAAAUACAUAUUAUACGUUUAUACAAAGCAAUUCAACGUUCGUCCGAUUUCACAAAUGUAAGUACGAAAGUACUAAAUACUCUAUAUCUAUUAAAAUAAGAUAAAAUUAGAAUCGGAUAACAACUAUAGAUAAACAUUUUUUAAUUAUAUGUUUGAUUCUUACAGAUACUUUUCUGCACACGAUCGUUGAGAACGCAACUUUAACGAGUCCUACCUUCCAAGUUACUAACAGAACAAUAUGUAUACAGCUAUUAAUUGGUCUUUGCGUUGAAUGCGACAUAAAUAUAAUAUUAUUUGAUGACACACGCAAUGAAGAGUUGAAAAAGGUGACGGUCAAAAGCUCUUCGAAAGCUGCAGCACACGGUUUACCUACAUGGCAAUUCGUAACGAUUGAGCAUUUAACUAAUCAUAAUAGUGCGAUAAUGGAAUUAAGACCUAUACUUAAUUCAAACAGUCCUAAUCCGCUGUGGGCGGUAGCGAAUGUUCGUCAAUGCCCCAGAAAAGGUACAAAUCCUCUUAAUUACAUGUUAUAUCUGUUAAUCAACUCUCUCUUCUACUUCUCCUGCAUAUCUGACAAAAAAUUUUAACUUCCAUUUAGUAAAUAAAUUUUUUAAUAUCUUAUUUUAAUUAUUGCUUUUAGGAUCAUAUAGAAAGAGCGUUAUACAUGCUACAAUGCAAAAUACGACAUCUGUAUGGCCAAACGUGACAUGCCAAAAAUUAUUUUACGAUGAAUACACCGUCGUGAGUGCCUUAUCGGACACGAAAUUAAAUGUGAAAUUGAGUAAUUACUAAAAACUUUUAUUUACAAUAAUUUAUAUUUCUUUAUAAGAAUUUUAAAACAUUUUCGACACAGCUUGUCAAGUAAACUAUUUUGCAUUACAAAAAAUAUUGCACUUCUUCAGAUACUCCUGAAUGUCCUGAAGGCAGAAUUGGGCCAAGAUGUCUAGAAGUUUGUAAACGUAAUAAUGAUGGAAAUAAUGAUUGCAACGGAACUGCAAUCUGCUAUAAAGAUGGUUGUACCUGUUCCCCAGGUUUUAUGGGCCCCGAUUGUUUCGAACGUAAGCAAUUUUAAACAUAUUUCGUUAUGGUUCUCUUUGUUCAUUUCAAUAAUAGCCGUGCAAAAGAAGUAAUAUAUGACACUUCCAGCUUGUAAGAAAAAUACAUACGGUUAUGACUGCAAAAAAACGUGCGGUGCAUGUAUGCCGACAGAACAAUCAACAUCUUUAUGUAAUACAAUAACUGGAACAUGUAGUUACGGAUGCAAUAAUAAUCCAGAAAAGUUUUACAUACCACCUUUGUGUCAAGAAGGUAUAUUAAAUAUUUAAUGACCUUCAUAGAUCUUCUUGUCAGCAUUAUAAAA